AUGUUGGGAUUUGACGCCCCAGCGGUGAAUGUAACAUCAACGGACAUUGGUGAUGACCAGCUCUUGGUCUAUGUCAAGCUCUUUGGCGUUUCGCUUGGCUGUGAAGACAUACGCGAUAUGGCACUGCGCGAGUACAUACUCUCAGGGGACUUCAUGCUCAUUACCUACCUCCAUGAUCAGUUGACUGAAUACGAUGAACAAAUUUCCAACUAUAUUGUAGAACUUGGCAAUGUGGCUCAAAUGGCCGUCCUCCUUGGAUAUUUGGACACACGUAUCAUACCGAGGAUACAACCGGAUAAUCCCAAUGUCGUUGAUAUUCGAAGAGACUACUUUAUCGACCUCCACAGAUCUCUGUUCAAGGCACCUAACCAACACAAUGCACUCGAGGUGAUCAAAUAUUUAAACAACAAUAAUGUUGUUCAAAAAACAUAUUCGCCAAGUAUUACCCACGAGUGGUGA